AUGCCUUGGUCCCCGCUGCUCCGCUUCUCGGCGCCAUGGGAGAAGCUCGCGUCCAAGCCGUUCAGCUUUGAGGACGCGCUGAAGGUGGACAACGCGCUGGACCUGGAGAGCCUGAGGGAGCUGUCGGGCUACCGGCGGAUUGCGGUGGCACCGCGCGCGGCCGGCAUGGGGUUGGAAGCGCAGAUUGAACAGUUAAGGCAUUACUAUUCACUCCUCUCCGAUUUCCUGCCAAAGCUCAAUGAUUUUGGAGAUGACAGCAGCAGGAAGAAGCUUCAAUUUGAGUGGACUUCUCCAACAAGUGGUCGGCCUGCCGUUUACUUGAAGAUAAAGGGACUGCAACUUGAGCUGGCCAUGGUGGUGUUUCUCUACGGCUCCUCCUUGCGUGAGCGGGCGUAUUCAAUCGUGCAAGACCUGUGGAAUGGCGCUGAUGACGAGAUCAACGCUGAAGAGCGGGGGAGCAGCGUAGUGGAGGCAGCCAAGAUAUUCAAAGAAGCUGCUGGUUUGUAUCAUUACUUGGCAGAGACAGUGCUUCAGCCUUUGCAGGAGGAACUUCCAGGUGACAGGCCAGCUGAGCUGGUGGAAGGAAUGAGCACCUGCUUUGAGCACAUGUGUCUGGGAGAGGCACAGGCGCUGACAGCUCUGAGAGCUGAGAUGAAGGGGAGUAGCCAUGGCCUGACAGCAUCCCUGCACGUGGGUGCAUCUGACUUGUUCGAACAGGCAUCAAAAGCUCUGAAACAAGAGACAGGUGCCUUCAACACAGUUUCUGCCAAUUUGAGGAGGUUUCUGGCAAUGAGCUCGUCUGUAGAGGCAUGCCGGGCCUUUGAGCACAUGGCCAAGGACCUCUUGUCCGAUUCUGAAGCUGGGAUGGCCGUUGCGUGCUGCGAGGAGGCGAAUACACAACUGCAGGACUGCAGGACUGUUGCAGAAGGCGAUGCUGGUUGGGUGGCGAUCCUUGAUGCAGAGGGUGCAAGGCUUCAGAACACAAGGGCGAAAUGUGAUAAGGUGAGGACUGACGUGCUGUUUCAAAGCGUGCCAAAGAGUGGUCCACAACUGCUUGAAGGCAAAAUCCUUGCCAAGCCAUCCGAAUACAGGCCGGAAGAGCACAGAAAGAGGCGUGGCUCAUGA